AUGGCCGAUUCAGACACCUACCUGCGUCAGCCCUGGCUCACAGUGCACGGCAUCCCCAUGGUCAAUGCCUUUGCCCACAACUGGGAACGGGUUGACAGUUUCCAGAGCCGCCCUGAGGACAUCAUGGUGAUCACCUACCCCAAAUCUGGCACCACCUGGGUCAGCGAGAUUGUGGAUAUGAUCCUGCAAGGCGGAGAUCCUGAGAAGUGCAAGCGGGACAUUAUCAGCAAGAGAGUGCCCAUGCUGGAGUUCUCUGCCCCUGGGAAGAUGGCAGCAGGAACAGACAUACUGGCCACCAUGGCCUCACCCCGCGUGGUGAAGACUCACCUGCCAGCACAUAUCCUGCCCAAAUCCUUCUGGGAAAACCACUGCAAGAUGAUCUAUGUGGGACGCAACGCCAAGGACGUGGCUGUCUCCUACUACCACUUUGAUUUGAUGAACAAGUUGCUGCCGCACCCUGGGACAUGGGCCCAAUACCUGGAGGAGUUCAUGGCUGGCAGAGUGGCCUAUGGUUCCUGGUACGACCACGUCAAGGGCUACUGGGAGCGCAGGAAGGAUCACCCCAUUCUCUACCUCUUCUACGAGGACUUGAAGGAGGACCUCCGCCGGGAGGUUGCCAAGGUGGCCCAGUUCCUGGGGCAGAAGCUGUCGGAUGCGGCGCUGGACACCAUCACCCGACACACGUCCUUCGAGGCCAUGCGGGACAACCCUGCCACCAACUACACCAGGGUGCCGUCUGACAUCAUGGACCACAGCGUGUCGCCCUUCAUGCGCAAAGGCACCACUGGAGACUGGAAGAACCACUUCACCGUGGCGCAGAACGAGCGCUUUGACCAGGACUAUGCGCAGAAGAUGUCAGGCACCGACCUGUGCUUCCGCACUCAGAUUUGAGGGGACACCACCGGACGUACCCCAAAUUCAUCCUGUGCUGUGGUGGCACUGCUGCCGUUGCUUCCUCUCCCCUGGAACUGCUGGAGAGAAAUAAAA